UGAGUAGUGAUGUCUACAUAGACAACCCACUGGUGUUGCCGGAGGAAAACUGGUUUCAGAUAUUUUUAAAAAUGCCAUCUCAGCCCUCCCCAGACGCUGCCGUCAAACACCUCAAACCUUACUUUUUUUACGGUCACCGGAAACCCACCCAGAACCGCCCUACCGUCCAUGGUGGCCUAUUCUCCAACCGCCAAACCGUUAAUCCCGCUACCAAGACCCGGCGGGCACCAUAUGAUCCACUCGAAUUUGAGCUUCAGAAUUGGGAUCCGGACUUAAAUUCCCGACCCGCUAGAGACCCAUCUCGGGAGUUCUUCUCCUUGGCAAAGAAUCUCUCCCCCAUUGCUAGGUAUAUCGUCGACUCCUUCAAAAAGCACGGACGGUGGGGUACACAGGUUAUCGAAGAUCUCAAUCGCCUCCGGCGGGUCACUCCCAAACUCGUCACCGAGGUUCUCAAGAUCCCCCAUAUCGAUCCGAAGCUUUCAUCCAAGUUCUUCCACUGGGCUGGAAAGCAAAAAGGGUAUAGGCAUGACUUUGCUUGCUACAAUGCUUUUGCUUAUUCAUUGAACCGAACAAAUCAGUUUCGGGAUGCAGAUAGGGUACCCGAGUUAAUGCAUAUGCAGGGGAGGACACCUACAGAGAAACAAUUUGAAAUUUUAAUUAGAAUGCACUCUGAUGCAAAUAGGGGUCUUCGAGUGUACCAUGUGUAUGAGAAAAUGAGGAAAUUCGACAUCAAACCAAGAGUAUUCCUCUAUAAUAGGAUAAUGGAAGCCUUGAUUAAAACAGACCAUCUCGAUUUAGGAUUGUCUGUUUAUGAUGACUUCAAGCAGGAUGGACUAGUGGAGGAGAGUGUGACCUUUAUGUUACUGAUAAAGGGUUUAUGUAAAUCUGGCCGAGUUGAUGAAGCAAUUGAGCUUUUGAAUAAAAUGAGGAAAAAUGUAUGCAAACCAGAUGUUUUUGCCUACACAGCAAUGGUAAAGGUUCUUAUUUCUGAGGGAAAUCUGGAUGGUUGUUCUAGGGUUUGGAAGGAAAUGAUGAAGGACAGGGUUGAGCCAGAUGUUAUGGCUUAUGGAACUUUCAUCACAGGAUUGUGCAAAGGAAAUCAGGUGGAGAAAGGGUAUGCGUUGUUUAAGGAGAUGAAGAAGAAGAGACAUUUGAUUGAUAGGGCUAUAUAUGGAUCUCUGAUAGAAGCAUUUGUUAAAACCGAGAAGGUCGGUUCUGCUUGUGAUUUACUCAAAGAUUUGAUAAAUUCUGGUUAUAGGGCCGAUUUAGCUAUAUAUAAUUGUCUCAUUGAAGGUCUAUGCAACCUUAAUCAUGUUGAUAGGGCUUAUAAACUUUUCACGGUCACAAUUCAAGAAGAUCUCCAACCUGACUUUUCCACCAUCAACCCUAUUUUGCUGUCUUAUGCAGAAGCAAAAAGAAUGGAUGACUUCACCAGUUUGCUUGAUCGAAUGCAGAAACUGGGUUUUUGCAUUAAAGAUGAUCUAUCCAAAUUCUUUUCCGUUAUGGUGAAAAGUUCUGACAAGGUAAUGCCAGCUUGGGAAGUUUUUAAAGAGGUAAAUCCCAAGUAUCAUUGCAGUGUACAAUGCUAUAGUGUUCUAAUGGAGGCACUACACGAUGUUGGGAAGGCGGAUAAAGCUCUAGAACUUUUCCAAGAAUUAAAAGAUAAUAAAGAGUUUCAAAUUGAUUAUUCAACGAGCUGUAGCAUCGCAAUUCAAUGCUUUGUUGAGAUUGAUGACCUAGAGGAGGCGUGCAAGUGGUAUAACCGGCUAAGAGAAAUUCCCUUGAUUCCUUCCACCAUGGCUUAUGACUCACUAGUAAAGAAACUUUGCAAGACUGGAGAGAUUAAUGACGCUAUGAUGCUUAUACGUGACUGUUUGGCGAAUGUCACAAACGGGCCAAUGGAAUUCAAGUAUACACUUACGAUCAUCCACAUAAGCAAAUCUAAUGAUGCUGGCAAACUGGUUGAAGUUAUAGAUGAAAUGAUUGAACAAGGUUGCCAUCCUAAUGAAAUCACAUACUGUGCUGUUAUUUGUGGGAUGUGUUUGCACGGUACAAUUGAAGAAGCAAGGGAAGUUUUUUCAGUAAUGAGGGGGCGCAAACUUCUUAGUGAAGCGGAGGUUUUGGUUUAUGAUGAGUUACUUAUUGAGCAAAUGAAGAAGAAGACGGCCGAUUUAGUGUUAUGUGGUUUGAAGUUUUUUGGCUUGGAAAAGAAGUUGAUAGCUAAAGGAUGUAAAAUAUUGCUGGAAUGAAAACAUAAAGAAGGUUGUUUUUCAGCAAUGGUUAACAAUGAUACCAUGAGCCUUAUAAGAGCAUGCCAUUGAAAUGGAGUAAGAGAAGAGGACACUUACUCUCACUUGCAUUGAAGAUGAAUUGACUUUGUUGUGUUAGACGGUGCUGCCUGGGAAAUACUUCCAGCAACAUUUUGAUGUAUAUGUACGGUGCCAGGAGUAUUGAUAAAAUAAUGGAGAUAUGGUCGAGGAAGCUGUCUGAUAAUCAUGAUGGCAAAUCAUAUGUGUACAACAUUCAGGAUUGAAGAAGACUAUAGAAUCUGCACUUGGAACGAGAGCUCGUAAUUGAGCAAUGCGCCAAUGCCAAUAAACCUAGAGGCACAUCUCACCAAACACACCUUGAGGUGACACCCAAUAUAGGGAAUGGUAUGUCUGAUGCUGUUUAGGUCCAAGGCAUAUGCCUUGAGGAUGAGGCGCAAGUAAGCCUUAUGCAAUAUUUUUCAGUGAAUUAAGGUUGGCCCACUUCUUUCCUUUAUUUCAAAUGAGCCAAUGACUCACUAUAUUUUGGCUUGAGAAAAUAUGGAAUAAAGCAAAAUGGGUCACCAAACUCUUUGCGCUUCUUCGUUAUGGAGCAGUAGUAUGUCCAUGCAAUUUUCGAGUGAUUUUCAUCACGUGUCAUCCAAAAACAGUCUCUCUGUGCUUUAGUAUAGGGGUAAAGCUGCGUACAUCCGACUCCUCCUUACCCCACCAUAGGUAGGAGCCUUCAUGGCGUUGUUGUAAGGUUGGCCCAUUCUGUAAAAAUCCAUUUUUUUCUUUAAUACGUCUAUUCAAGAUAAGCUCCAUCUGCUACUUUUCAAUUCUUUGGUUUAGGUUUCCGCCUGGGAAUAUAUUUUAGAAGAGCGAUUACUUCUCAAAUUUGGUUUGCUGAUUGUUCUUUUCUUUACAGCUACUCUUGUGGUGGGUGUAAUUAUUUCACUUACGGAGUGAAGAUAGCCUAGGCUUGUAAUUAUUUUACUUUAAUGGCUAUAAUAAUAUGUGGGCGUUUUUUUAUUAUUACUAAAUUAAAGCCGAUUUGUAAAAAUGGUACAAAUGUGACCAUUUUUACAAGAGGACAAAAAUGUGACUGAGUUCAUAUAUUUGGGAAAACAUGGUGUUACUGCCAAAAAAAUUAUGUGAUUGCCAGACUUUUAUGUCACUGUCAAAUGUCAUUUUCAUAUUUUUAUGUUGCUUUUUGAAUGAUAAUUUUCAG